AUGCCCCUGACUCAGUCCACCCCGACUGUCACCCCCUUUACUUUCACCCCUCCCCAAGUAUCAGCACUCCGACUCAUCAUGCAGGCCACCAAUCCCGAAGCCUAGCAAAAGCAACAACUGCCCAAUCACUUCAAAUCAGCACUAUAAACCACACCGGUCCGUAGCACAGGUUGGGCACAAAUACGAUCGCUUUGAAGCGAGUAUAUAUCUACCGAGAUCUCAUCCCGGACCAGCCUCCGCAUGAUCGUCUUCGAAACCUCGCCAUGAGCAAAAUCGGAUCGGAGUCCUCCACGAUGUAUCUGCACCUUACCUCAUAGUACGGAGGCAUGUGUCAUGCGGGACCGUGUGUCAGCCCUCUCGAUGCCCCUGUGUGGGGUACAUUCACACUCACCCGUCAGCUUCGGUAGGCAGGUUUGCAAUCCCCCGGACAGAAUGGAAUAUCGCCCAGCCUCACGUCAUAAUUCUCGUGAUGGCCAUGAUCCUGUCACUUAGGCAGAUACAAAGCAUACAGACAACAACCAUCUACUUCCAUUCCAUCACCACAAUCACUCUCCCAACCCUAACAAACAAUAUUCAACAAUCACUCAACCAAAAUGAACCUCCUCCUCCCUCUCAUUCUCCCCUCCUCACCAUCCUCCCCCUCACAACCGCCCACCCCACCGAUCCCAUCACCGCGGCCCUCAACACCGCCCACGACAUCACCUCCCCCACCCUCCAAAACAUCCCCAUCCCGAUCCCUAUCCCCCCUCACUCGCCCCUCCCCGUGGUGUGUUCCCCCACCGGCGCCAACUACUGCAAUCUGGGCAUCGCCACCUACGCACCCUCCGGCAGCGUCAAGAUCCGUGAAAUGUACGUCUACGAUCGCUCCUGCCGGGGUCUCGGAACCACCCCUUUCAAUUUCGAUAAGGGCCAUUUGUCGGUGCAGUCGCUGCUGCCCUGGACCGUGGAGGUGGAUUUCACGGGUGGAGGCAAUAAACCGGAGGGGUAUUUCUGGUAUGCGGGACGGAAGACGGAUUUGGGCAGGAAUUUGAAGCGUUCCUACGAAACAGGUGAAUCUUCCACAAGUGGCAUGGCUCCUUCCUGA